CGCGGAUUAGGUUAGGUUAGGUUAGAGUAUCCUGAACGUUGGACGUGGCCGCGCGUGAAUGUACGUAUGUAUGCACGCACAUGUUUGUACGUGUUGCUCCAAUUAGUGGAACUUGACGCGUGUCAAACAGCUGGCAAUACCGUAUAUCGACUGGUCUGAUUAAUCACUACGCUUUGUCUCUUCGUGCCUGGUGUUGCAGAAAAGACUCCGGGAGUCUUUGACUACUUUGUUGAGACAGAUGACAGAUUUACGCCUGUAGGCUCAGUGUGAUUCCAAGAUGCUGCCCCUUUCUCACAGUCCACGCGACUCACGUUCCAACUUCCGAAGUAGGAUCAAGGAGAAGCUGCUUAGUUGGAAACGUCUCAUUUUCUCUGACCCGAACACCCGUAACUUGUUUCUGUUCCUGAUUCUCAACCUGUCCUUUGCCUUCGUCGAGCUGCUAUAUGGAAUAUGGACCAACAGUCUCGGUCUCAUCUCCGACAGUUUUCACAUGUUCUUUGACUGCACUGGCCUGCUAUUUGGUUUAGCGGCAUCCGUCAUCACCAAGUGGAGGGCAAACGACAGAUACUCAUAUGGAUACGUUAGAGCCGAAGUGUUAGGUGGCUUUGUGAACGGACUGCUCCUAUUGUUUAUAGCCUUAUUUAUCAUGUCGGAAGCAGUUGAACGAGCCAUCGAGCCACCGGAAAUUAAACACGAGAGACUCUUCGUCGUCUCUGUAUUGGGAUUGAUAGUGAAUUUAGUAGGAAUAUGUGCAUUUAAACAUGGACAUGGACAUGGACAUAGUCACGGCCACAGCCAUGGUCAUAGUCAUAGCGGGAGGGGACACCAUGGUCACUCUCACUCCCAGAAUCAUGACUACUCUCUUUUGAAUCAUAACUAUGAUCAUCAUGUCGAGAUGGAAAUGUCCUUCAGUGGUACGAAUUCGCAAAUCAUGAAGGGCGUAUUCUUGCACAUACUUGCAGACACUCUCGGCUCCGUGGGAGUUAUUAUAUCGGCAGUACUGAUGCAAAUGUUCGGUUGGAUGAUCGCUGAUCCGAUAUGCUCUAUGCUUAUAGCAGUAUUGAUAGUUUUAAGUGUAAUCUCAUUGAUGAAAGAGUCGUGGGAGAUACUUAUGCAAAGACAGCCAGUAGCUCUGGAUCAUGUUCUGUCGCAGUGCUACAACAAAGUAACACAGAUACCCGGUGUCUACAGUGUCCAGGAACCACACUUUUGGACUCUGUGCUCGGAUGUGUACGUCGGAUGUUUAAAACUGGAGGUGGCGAGAGAAGUAGAUCCCAAAUCUGUCGUGAUGACAACGCAAAAGAUUUUCCAGGCAGCAGGCGUUAGACAUCUCACGGUUCAACUCGAUUACGCUCCCAUGUGAUCUAUGAAAAGCAUGACGCGCAUUGCGGAGUGUUCUUACGAAUGUAACGGAAGCGUGUCUAGACUCUGUCAAAGCUGGGAGACAGGGAACACAGCGGUGCAGCAGAAUGUCUUCGCUACGUCAAAAAUCUGUGAUUGUGCGCGUUGGAAUAGCAAUCAGUAUCGUCAUGGAUUACAAAUCGUUUGAGAAUCGUGCAUGCCUUAGGAGAGAAGUUACUGACACGGAAUGAAAAAUAAUUCCUAAGAAUAUUUCUAACCGAAUCAAAUUACUAGUUAAAACUAUUUCUAAAACAUGCGAUGUAUGAUAAAAGAUAUAUUUCCCAUUUCCAUAUUAGAUAUUCAGAGCAAUGGUCAGUUAAAUUCUCUUCUCUGGAACAAAUGUCACUCUUUGUUCGUCUUUUAUAUAAAUAUUUUACCUCUGUCGGAGCAAAAGCUCAUCUCUAUUUGUAUGAGCUUUGACUUGUAAUUAUUCAUCAUUACAAGCAUUUCAAAUCCGGGUUUAAUUUAGCUAUAUUGUAAUAUAAGAAUAGCGUUGCUUAGAUUUUUUAUUUUUGCAAUGAUGCCUUAAGGUACGUUUGUAAGAAUAUUUUUUGAACAAGACUUCCGAGAGCAAAAGAAGGUGCUGAAUCUUAUACAUAUAUAUAAUUUGUAUAAUAAUUGAUUAAAACAAUUAUUAUCUCGUUUCAAUGGAAUUAAGUUAUCAUAAGUUUGGAACGGCAUAUGAUAGAACAAUGCAAGCGGCCAUAACAAUCUGGAGACAGCUGUAGAGAGCUAGUCAUACUUGUGCAAGAAAUAAGGAAAGUAAUGAACAGUAAAUACUACGCAUAAUUUGAAUGAGUACUUUUACAUGAAAAUAUAUCCUUCAUUUUUAUAUGAUGAUCUAAAAGAAAGAUUGCUAUUUGUAUUUUUCCAUCCAUGCUAAGUAUUACCUUCCUUGUUACUAUUAAUAAUAUUCGAACUGUUACUGUAAUAUGAACAAAAACUUAGCGUGGAACAUUUGUUGAAUAACCGUACCGGUUAUGUAUGCACAAUCUGUUGGACGAAUUUAUGUAAUAUUAUUUGUAUAUAAUUUAUAAUUAUGUUAUUAGGCUAAUGCCAAUUGUAGCCAAAUAAACAGAAUAUUGCAAGUUAACGACGUCGAAUAAAAGAUCGAAGCUUGCGAAAACAUCAGAAAUUACGAAAUAUAGAUGAGAGAAUUCCAAAGUAUCUUCUCCCUAGAAAAUA